UAUUAUUGAUAUUUUAAUAUUUUGAUUUAAUUUUAACCCAUUUGUGAUCUAUUGGUGGUAUGUGAUGUAAGUGUGUUUCAAUUUUCACGGGAUUCCAUGAUGAAGAUUACAAAUGUAUCAUAGUUUCCCGUAAAAUAUUUUUUAAUUUCAUAAUAUUUAAUCUUCCAAUAGCUGGAAAUAAUUCUAGUUUCUGUGAUAAAUCGCAUCAGUGCCAUAUAAGUUCAGUGUAUGUGACCUUACAUGGUUCUUAACAAAAUAUUAUUGUGUAUAUAAUUUUUUAAAUUUUAAAUCGUUCCAAUUAAUUUUAAUAAAUAAGUUUUGAUAUUUUUGACGUUAUUUUCUAAAUUUUUUGGGGUGCACAAUCCAUGAUUAUCACAUUGUGCCAAGUGAAUGUGUGCUAGCAAACUGAUCUAUAUUACGAAUUUAUCAAAGCAACUUCCCAUCUAUCCACAGUAAUUUAAUGUAUUUUAAACAGGAAGUGCAUAAUUUGAACAAUUUUAAUUUUUCGAAAGUAUUUAUCGUAAUGUGUUCAAAGCUAACUGAGGAAUUUUAAUAAUUUGUUUAGUUUUUGUCGAUAUUAAAUUCUAAAAUCUGUUUUAUUUAUUAUUUUUUCAGCCGAGUGAGAAUCGAAACCAAUUUUGACUGAGAAUGGUAUCGGAUGUGUAGAAUGAUUUUUAAUGUAGUAGCAAUCGAGCAAAUUUGAGCGUAUUUUGAGUUUUCCUGCUUCGGAUUUCAAUUUUUCAGUAAAUGUAGUUUUAUUCAUAAGUUUUAAAUGCAGUUUUAUAAUGGUUGGAGGUCUUGAACCCAGCGAAAAUUCGGAUAUCGUCCCCUCGCCAGUCAUCGAGGAACUGGAGGGGACCUCAAGACCAGCCAUAAAGAGAAAACCCAAUGUCAGAAGUGUUUUAUCAGAGAGCUUUAAGUAUCGUCAUAAUAUAAAUUUAUACAGAGUAAGGAAGCACCAAAAACACGGUCAUCAGAACUUGCCAAGAGAUAUGAGCCAGGUUCCAAAUAACCCCAAUGAUCAUCAGAACAUCGAGCACAUUAUCAUUUCAGACGACGAUCAGAAGGAUGUGAACAAACCUGAGGAUAAAGGUGAGAUGGACGGCUUGAAUGACGAGACUGAUGUUCCACUGGAUCAAAACGAGGUGGAAAUGAGUUGUACACCUAAACCAAACGCAGUUAAUCAAUACAUGUAUUCUUCUAAUUCUACAACGAAUACAAGCAACGCAACAAAUAAUGCAGUUCACAAUGAUAUUUUAAAUGUAGUUAACAAUCAAGUUACUGGAAUCACCAACUCUGGAGGUGGAACCAGAUUAGUUAGAAAGGAGAUAACGAAACUGGGCAGACUAGAGCUCUUAAGUAACAUUGAGAGUUACGUUCACGUGAACUUCUCAAAUUAUCGUCAGUUCUACGACAGAGUGGGCCCAAUAAGACUCACAAGUCCUCUCAGUGAGGGCCUUAAGAGUAACCAUGUGGAUAUUAGUCUUUGGAACGACCCAGGGACCCAGCUUAUAUCCCAAAACUCAUCCAAGAGGAAAGUCUACAACAUCUUUUGGCUCCCUAAAAUCUUUUCAAACAUCGCCCUGAGAGCCGCCAUUAAGCUUGUGGAGGACUGUAACAUAAGGGACGGGAGGAGUAUUAAGAGAGAGAUUGAGUGUCACCUGUACAUGUACCAGAGGUUUCAGGCCUUUUCAAGGUCCAAGAACUCUUCCUCUUUAAUACUCCAGGAUGACUGGCCGACAGUUGAGAUUCUAGGCUACUACCUGGACAAGAAAGAUCCCGGCCAAUCAGUAUUAAUUUCGAGGAAACUGACAGGGCCCGACUUCUUUUACAUUAUAAGGUCUGAGAACAACAGCAGCUUCGCAAAGAAGAUAACCCCAAUUUACGAGUUUAACAAGCUGGAUUGGUGUAUCACAGCCCUUAACAGGAUAGCACAGUUCGGCUCUGUUGGAAUACGCCACAACGACAUCAAGCCAGACAACAUAGUCCUCGACGUCUACUUUGACCAAGGUGUCAAGAAAGUUGAUGUUAAAGUUAUUGAUUUGGGAGCUGCCAGUAUGGAGUUUACUAAAGAGUUUACAGGAGGAACGCCAUGGUAUGAGUCGCCAGAGCAGAAACUUCUGGAAUAUUACACUAAAAAGAACAGAAAUAAUGAAAUGGCGAGUAAAGUUACCAUUGAUGUUAGCAGUGAUGCCUGGGGAGCAGGGCUGUCAAUUGUAGAAGUUUUAACAGGGAAGAGAGUAGUAGAUUACAUUAAGCAGCCGUACGGGAUAGGGUUGUUGAACUUUAAGGGAGUACCAGCUGACUCAAACCCAUUUACAGACUCCAAUGGUGAGAAUAUUGGAGUUAAUUAUCUGUGGUGGAACGUGGAUGAGUACUGGGAAGUAAGUCCUGAGGUGUGGGUACAGGAAGCUAAAAAGGUGCUUGGAUUAACCUGCACCAAAUGCAGUCCUGUAAACGGAGCAGAGUCCUAUAACAACACAGGAGAACUCUAUGAAAACAUCCAAAUUACCCAGAGAACGAAUUUUGAUACGAGUACUGGAAGGGAUGGAAGAGACGAGUUUCAUGAGUUUUAUUAUUGUAACAUUUGCAACUCAAGAUUCGAUGGGAAUGUCAAGGAAAACAUCUGCAAAACGGUCGCAAGAUACGUGUUUAACAGCCUGGUUGUUAUAGACCCGAAGAAGAGGAAAAACGUGCAGGAAGUGUCAAACCAGCUGAGGCUAUUUGUAACAAAGGCAAUAUCAUACUACUUGUAGAGGCUUAAUUUGUUAAAAUUAUUACCUAAUAUUUUAAAUAAGCUGUAAUAUGGUGAAAUUUUAAA